CAGGGCUCUCAUAAAGCCGGUGAACAUUGUGAGGCUAAAGUCCUGUCAGGUUGUCUGCACUUGAAAGGAUGGAAACCAGUGACAACUAAGAAAACUUGGAAAGAAGCUCUGAAAUUGCCGUGCCCAGAUGUGACAGGCCUGUUUGAGGUCAUUUACGACAUCUGAAACAGGGUACAUCAAUUGCCUUUUCUGAAACAUCAUCACGAACCGACGAUUGACGAACACAGAUAUUUUUUACGUAGAUGUUCAAUUUGAUGAUAAAUGUUAAUAACAAAUUAAGAAUGACUAUUAACUUUUUCUGUUUAUUAAUAAGUCUUUUUUACAUCUGAAAUGUAAUUCAUAUAGUUGAAUAAAUGAUGACAAUAAAUAAUUGCUGCCGGUACUGCACUGGCCAGACCAUAAAAUUUGCUUCAAGAAGGAGAGCCUUGCCAAAGUGGGUGAUAUGGUCUGGGAAAAAUGGUCAUUGGUAUCAUCAACGCAGAGCAAUUAGUGUGACUGGCUGCAGGAGGAAUGAAAAGCCUGCCCAUGAUGUUGGCCGUUACCGAGUGGUUGGAAUCAUGGCACAUAUUGAUGCUGGUAAAACAACAACCACAGAGCGCAUGCUUUACUACAGUGGUUUUCAGACAACACUGGGAGAGGUGCAUCACGGUGACACCACUAUGGACUUUUUAGAUCUGGAGAGGGAGAGAGGUAUCACCAUACAAACCGCUGCUGUAACGUUCCCAUGGCGUGACCACACAAUCAGCCUGGUUGAUACUCCAGGCCAUGUUGACUUCACUAUUGAGGUGGAGCGAGCAAUCAGGGUGGCAGAUGGGGCUGUUGCUGUGCUGGAUGCUUCUGCUGGUGUGGAGGCGCAGACUGUCACCGUGUGGCAACAGGCUGACCGCUAUGGGGUGCCACGUCUUGUGUACCUCAACAAGAUGGACAAAGCCAUGGCCUCUUAUGAGCUCUGCCUCCAGCAAAUCAGGGGCAAGCUCCAGGCCCGGCCCCUCCUACUGCAGGUCCCCUUAGGCACGGGCAAAAGCUUCCAUGGCGUAGUAGACCUGAUCUCAGGACGUAAGCUGUGCUGGGACCACGGCAAUAGCAAAGACAGAGGAGCGUCUUACUCUGUGAGUGCUCAGAGUGUGAGCGAAGCCUCUGACCCAGAGCUUUACUCUGUCUACUCUGAGGCGAGGACGGCGCUCAUUGACGCUCUGGGCGACCUGGACAACUCUGUAGCAGAGCACAUCUUGCAGAGUGAGAGCAUGGAGACUGUGCCCACGAUCUACCGCAACACGGCUGUACAACCUCUCAUGGACGCCAUGUUGCGCUACCUCCCAGCGCCCCAUGACAGACUCCCAGCCGCUGCCCAGCUCUACAAGGGGUCGCUGUGUGCCCUGGCGUUCAAGGUGACGUACGACCCUCAGAGGGGCGGCCUGCUUACCUUCGUGCGAGUCUACAGCGGCGCCAUUGACAAGAACAAGCCGCUGUACAACGUGUCCCAGCGUUGCCAGGAGCGGCCUGCCAGGAUGUACGUGGCGCUGGGAGGCGACCUCCUGCCUACUGACAGCGUCCCUGCUGGCAGCAUCGUCGUCCUGGCAGGGCUGAAGAACACCAGCACCGGUGACACCCUCGUCAGCAGCAAGGACGACGUACGAGCUGCUAGACUACGACUCAGGAACACUGAUACUGGCAACGCUAGUGCUAGUGCUGACAGAGCUAGUGCUGGUGCUGACAGAGCUAGUGCUGGUGCUAGUGCUAGUGCUGGUAGUGCUAGUGCUAGUGCUGGUGCUGAAGAUGGUGACAGUGAUGAUGAAGACAGCGUUGAGAAGAACGAGCAUCUCCUGGUGGGGGUGAAAGUACCAGAGCCUGUUUUCUUCUGUGCCAUUGGUAAGGUUAUGUUUAUUAUAUGNCAUCCACCAUGUCCACCGGUUACAGGGAUGGGUGAGCUGCACCUGGAGGUGGUGGUGGAGGGGUUGAGGACGCGGCACCAGGUGGAGGUGGAGGUGGGCCGCCUCCAGGUCGCCUACAGAGAACACCCGCAGGCCUCCGCCUCCAGGACCAUCACCGUCGACAAAACAAUUGGUGGGGUGAAGCAGCUGGUGAGCCUCACCCUGAGCGUGGACCCGGCACCCGACGAUCACCCGCGUGCUAGCUUUGCCAACCUCGUCUUGGGCUUCCCUCAGAACCUGGACAGCCUGAAGCGCCCUCAGCUCGCCGCCCUCAGGAGGGGCGUGGACGGCGCCCUGAGCUACGGGCCCGUCCUCGGCUACCCCGUCCACGGCGCCGCCGUCCACCUCCUGCACUGCACCGCCAGCCGCUCCACCGCCUCCGCCGUCCUCGCCUCCACGGCCGCCCAAUGCCUCAAGCAGCUGCUUGCCGAAGCUGACUGCCGGCUGGCAGAGCCUAUCAUGCUGCUGACGGUUGCGGCUGACGCUGACCACGCUGACCUCCUCAUCGCUGACCUCAAGAAACGUUCAGCUGACGUCAGACACGUCCUUGUCAGGAACGACACCAAGCAUGUGGAGGCACACGUCCCGCUGGCAGAGCUGCUGGGCUACGCGUCAGCGCUGCGUAGGCUGACGUCAGGUCGCGCGUCGUUCUCGAUGUCGCUGCUGCGUUACGACGUCAUGUCAGACCAGCGUCAGCGUCUCGCCGUCAGCCGCACUCACGGCGUCUCCUAGACCAUGUCAGCUCCACGUACCAUGUCAGCUCUACCUGCCAUGUCGUUAUCACGUACCAUGUCAGCUCUACCUGCCAUGUCAGCUCUACCUGCCAUGUCUGUAUCACGUACCAUGUCGGUUCUACGUACCAUGUCGGCACCACGUACCAUGUUGGUUCUACGUACCAUGUCGGCACCACGUACCAUGUCGGUUCUACGUACCAUGAUGGUUCUACGUGUCAUGUUGGUUCUACGUACCAUAUUGGCACCACAUACCAUGUCGGCCCCACGUACCAUGUCGGUUCUACGUACCACGUCGGCCCCACGUACCAUGUCUAUAGUUUACUAUAUAUGUAUGUCUGCAGUGGUAGUGUCUAAUGACAUUAUCACCACGACCACCAUAACACUCCACCACCACCACAAGCAUAUCACUCCACAAUCUCCACCACCAGCGGAUAUCGACUGUUAUUAGAGAAGUGAACUUCUAAUUAAAA